UGCCGUGCCAGAGCCACAGCUGUCCUCACUGGAGAGCCUGAAGCUAACAUGGAUCAAGAAACUGUGGGCAGUGUUGUCCUCUUGGCCAUCGUCACCCUUAUCAGCGUGGUCCAGAACGCAUUCUUUGCCCACAAGGUGGAGCACGAAAGCAAGACCCAGAACGGACGGAGCUUCCAGAGGACGGGGACGCUUGCCUUUGAGAGGGUCUACACUGCCAACCAGAACUGUGUAGAUGCAUACCCCACUUUCCUUGCCGUGCUCUGGACUGCAGGGCUGCUUUGCAGCCAAGCUCCUGCUGCCUUUGCUGGACUGAUGUACUUGUUUGUGAGGCAAAAGUAUUUUGUUGGCUACCUGGGAGAGAGAACUCAGAGCACCCCUGGCUACAUAUUUGGGAAACGCAUCAUACUGUUCCUGUUCCUCAUGUCCCUGGCUGGGAUAUUCAACUAUUACCUCAUCCUUCUUUUUGGAAGUGACUUUGAAAACUACAUAAAGGCGAUCACCACCACCAUCUCCCCUCUGCUCCUCAUUCCCUAACGCUCUGCUGCAUACCGGGUUGGUGUUCUCAUUUAAUCAAUACCUAGAAGUCAUCAUAACUCAACCCUUGAAAGGAUUCUGCGCCCCUUUAGAUAGCUGUAAAUCUCAUGACCAUCUGGGCUGUGCAGCUCGGGUUAACCUUGCUCGUCCGGGAAGAAGAUAAUUUCGUGUCAGCUCCGCCCCCUGAACAUAGCCGUGGCCCCAGACUUGUUAUUCAGAUCUGUUCUGUAUGUUUCGUGGCUUAUCUUGCUCUCUGAAGAUAUUUUGUGACCAGAUUUAUGUUUUCCUAAAAUAAAAUGCAAAGACACGUUUUAGGCUGA